UGGGGUAUCAAACUGCUCGGUCACUCCUCCUCCUCCUCCUCCUCCUCCUCUUCCUCUUCUUCUUCUUCAGCACGCAGAGAAGAGAGCUUUUUGUAUGGCCGCCAUCUCGAGGAGUUCUGGGAUCGCGGCAAUCGGCAAGCGAGUCGUCUCUCGGAUCUGGAGCCCCAUCUCCCCCAGCCCACAUCCUUCCUCUCCUGCUCUCAGGAGAGCUGCUCACACGUCCGUGUAUGACAAGAACCCCGAGGAUCAAGUCGCGCCGAGCGUGGUCCCCGAUGAAGUGAUCGAGGCUCCGUCUGACAAGUACUGGGCUCCACACCCCAAGACUGGGGUGUUUGGCCCUGCGACUGACGAUCACCUCCGAGCCCACGGCGAGCUUCCCAAUCCUGGGGAUGCCGAGAGCUCGGUGCUGGAGCACACAGCCUGGUUCCGCCCCACUAGCCUCGAGGAUCUUGAGAAGCCUCCUCACCAUUAACAUCGAAAGCGAGUUCAACCACUAGCUAUCCUAUGUAACCCACCUCGGUGGCAUCCUUAAGAAAAAUAACUUGUUUGCAGCUGUAAUAUAUUGUCAAGUACUGAAGCUGUGGAUUUGAGCUUUGCUAGCAUGCGAGUACUCCUUCUUACCUGUCGAAGUAGGAGCUACGUAUCGGACCUAUGUGAUUGUUGUUUUCCCCCUGAAUCCCUGUAUGAAAUGUUGGGAUGUGCCUCCUUUAUAUUU